CCAUCAAACAACCGCUUCUGGCCAGCCAGUUUAGCAGCCGCGGCUGCGUUACAUCCAGUCGCUGCUGGGCUUGUAUCCGCUACAGCUACCACCAUCAUACCCCCAUCCUCCUCGUCAUCAUCAGCUUCAUCCGGGUCGUCGGCCUCUUCUUCCUCAUCCUCUUCUUCGUCCUCGUCAUCAUCCGCCACUUCAGCAGCUUCCUUCUUAUCAGGCCCUGUGGUACCUGUGGCCCCCGUAGCACCCGUGGCCCCACCAAUUGCCCUCUCCAAAACUCAGACAUCCAGUUCAAGAGGACUGGUAGGCUUUUCUACGUCUAUGAACCCGACAUCCCCCGAAAAGAAGGAAGAUCUGGAGGGAAAGUCAAUAAAUGAAGAGGAGCUAGGGAAGAGACCAGACAAAGAAAAGAAAGAGGAAAACACUCCUGUUGAACUGAAGCCGUCUCGCGGACGAUUAGUCCCACCGGUAACUAAAAUGCUUGGUUAUUCAUGCCAACCAGCCUUUACUCGGCGUUCUAUAUGCCAGUCGACUUCCCCAGUGCUUCGGACUAAGAAGCGUCAUCAGCCUGAAGGAUUUCUCUUAUCCACUGGCCGGUCAGACCCCCAAGUUAACGGACAGAAGGCAGAGGUUGAUGAAGCUAGUCUGGCCGCAGUAGAUGGAGAGGGGGAAGGAGAUGAGGGCGAGGACGAUGAAGACGAGGAUCAGCAGGAGGCUGAGGAUGAUGAAGAAGAGGAUGGAGAGGACGAUACGGAGGAGGACGAGGUGGAGGAUGAAGAAGACCACAGGCAAACGCUAGAGAGGUAUAUGGACGAGCAAAGAUUCCCAUCCAUCGGGAAUGUGCCUCAUGGAACAGCUCGACUGCCUCAUGUGGAUCGACAAGGAACAAAUGGUUUGUUGCAUCUUAUACCUCCAUUGCCGCUGCCGCAGUAUCCUCUCUCGGAGCAUGGAGUACAUCAGUCUUCGCCGCAUCUGCCACAGUCAAGUAAUCAAGCCGCCCAUCAUACCAGUCAGAAUCACCAGCAGCACCAGCAACAGCAGUUACAAUCUCACCAGCACCAACAACUCGUGCAGUCACAAAUUGCUACCGACUGCCGGUUGCAGGUGCCUGGAGGGGCUGGAUUGGAAGGCUUCUUGGACGUCCUGACAACUCCACAGUCGCAUCCUCUGCCUCCGCCGGCAGGCACUCAUGAAACAGAGGCGAGACAGCUUGAGCGUAACAGACUGCAUGGUAUGGGACAAUCUGGUGAGUGGACUACUGAUUAUGUAAAGACGAAUUUAUUUUCAAUGCAAUUAGGUUUAUAG